AUGGCCGACUCCGUCACAAUCCGAACCAGAAAGUUCAUCCGAAACCCCCUCCUCGGCCGACGACAGUUUGUCGUUGACAUUCUGCACCCCUCUUCCGCCAACGUGUCCAAGGACGAGCUCCGAGAGAAGCUGGCCGGUGCCUACAACUCCGAGAAGGACGCCGUCUCCGUCUUUGGCCUCCGAACCCAGUUUGGUGGAGGAAAGACUACCGGUUUCGGUCUCAUCUACGACUCUCCCGAGGCUCUGCUCAAGUUUGAGCCCGCCUACCGACAGGUCCGAUACGGCCUUGCCACCAAGGUCGAGAAGGCUUCUCGACAGCAGCGAAAGCAGCGAAAGAACAGAGACAAGAAGGUCCGAGGAACCGGUGUCAAGCUCGCCGCCAAGAAGAAGAAGAAGGCCGAGUAA